GCUCCCUCCCUCACUCCCGCUAUAUGCUCGGCAGCAAGCGCGGCAUUUCCAGCGGUACUCUGCUCCUACCACCAUGCAGUGGUAGCUGGGCAAGGGAGCAUCCAUCCAUCCAGUGCGCGUGAGUUCACCGAGGCCGUGCCGUGCGCGAAAAUGAGCGCGCACGCACGCGCAAUGUCGCAUCCGCCGCCUCCGCCGCCGCUGCUGACGAACGAGCUGUCGCGCAGGACGGCGGUGCUGGGGCUGCGGCUCUGGGUGCUGGUCGGCAUCGCCAUCGGCGCCGCCUUCCUGCUCCUGCUCCUCGCGCUCGUCACCGUCCACCUCGCGGCCGCGGCGCGCCGGCGCCGUCCCGGCAAGAAGAAGAUGGCCGCCCCCGCGCUGUCUUCGCCGUCGCCCGCCACGACGAUCCCGCCGGUGUCCAAGGAGAUCCAGGAGGUGGCCGUCCACGUGGGCUCCCUCCGCCACUACCUCGAGAUGGGAACCGCGUUCCUCAAGGACAACAACAAGGAGAGCGCACAGCAAGAUGGUGGCGAUUCACUGUGCGGCAGCGUCGCCCACGGCUCGCAGCGCGUGCACAUCGAGGCCGGCAAGGGCCGCCGCAUGGUCGCGCACGCCGACGGCCCAGGUCCCGUCGUUGUCGGCCCGCCGGCUUCCGACGCGGCGCCGCCGUCGGCCCACGAGGUGUCGCAGCUCGGGUGGGGCCACUGGUACACGCUCCGGGAGCUGGACGAGGCCACGGCCGGGUUCGCCCCGGAGCGCGUCGUCGGCGAGGGCGGCUACGGCAUCGUCUACCAGGGCGUCUUCGCCGACGGACACCAGGUCGCCGUCAAGAAUCUCCUCAACGACACCAGGGGGCAGGCCGAGAGGGAGUUCACGGUGGAAGUGGAGGCCAUCGGCCGCGUCCGCCACAAGAACCUCGUCCGGUUGCUCGGCUACUGCAACGAGGGAGCGCACCGGAUACUUGUGUACGAGUAUGUCGACAAUGGCAACCUGGAGCAGUGGCUCCACGGCGACGUCGGGCCUCUCAGCCCGCUUUCUUGGGACACCCGGAUGAACAUCGUGCUUGGGACAGCCAAAGGGAUCACAUACUUGCACGACGGGCUGGAGCCCAAGGUGGUGCACAGGGACAUCAAGUCCAGCAACAUACUGCUCGACAAGCGGUGGAACCCCAAGGUCUCCGAUUUCGGCCUCGCCAAGCUCCUCGGCUCCGACAGCAACUACGUCACCACCAGGGUCAUGGGAACGUUUGGUUACGUGGCGCCCGAAUACGCGAGCACCGGCAUGCUGAACGAGAGGAGCGACGUGUACAGCUUCGGAGUCCUCAUAAUGGAGAUCAUCUCAGGCCGAAGCCCGGUCGACUACGCGAGACCUCCCGGGGAGGUUAAUCUUGUGGAGUGGCUCAAGAAGAUGGUGAGCAACAGGGACUACGAAGCUGUUUUGGAUCCCAAAUUGCCGGAGAAGCCUUCCUCCAAGGCUCUGAAGAAGGCACUCUUGGUUGCGCUGAGAUGCGUGGAUCCGGACUCGCAGAAACGACCCAAGAUGGGGCAUGCCAUCCAUAUGCUCGAAGUCGACGACUUCCCUUACCGAGAUGAUCGUCGGACUCUGCGGCCGUGCCAAGGCAGUCCCCUGGAGAAAGCGAGAGUCCCCAGGAAGCCAUUGACAGAAUCAGGCCACAGCAGUUGCUACGAGGGCAACAGCAGCACCGCUGCCACCACGCCGUCGAGGUUCCGGGAGAGCUAACUCGCUUGCCCUGUCGCCGCACAUCGUAGCUAGGUUCUGCCUGCAUUCGGCUUUAGCAGUAGGCAGCUUGGAAACGCAGUGCUGUAACUUGCCUCUUGCUUUGUAAGUGUCGUUCUUACUUCUUGCUCUGGUUCGAUCGGCGGCCUCGGUGAUUGCAUGCAUCGGGAAGUUUUGUGGAAUCCCUGGUUUGUGGAGGGCGUAGGUAAAGCAUAUCCUCGGAAGAAACUUUCCCCUGGUUUGGUUUGUCUGGUCUUGCUACGCGUUGCAUGUGCACUUCGAACUGUUGUAUAGUGAUUUGUUCUUGUCUCAGAAGUCAGAUCGUUUCUUACUCAUA